GUGAUUGAAUUUGAAUCGAGUCUGCUCAACCUCCACUGGAACUCGUUUAUARAUAAUUCGUGUGCUUUGGCGGAUUUUGAAUUUCAGCUUACUCUCAGCACCAAAUAUGUUGAAGCUUGUACGGAGAUAUCGUGGAAAGUCUACCGAUACCCACAUAAAGGAUAAAGAGGGACAUGAACUGUUUGUCUUCAACAAGACUAUCGAACAUGGAUUUCCACACAAACCGAGCGCUCUAGCUCACGAUCCUCAGCUGCAUCUGCUAGCUAUUGGUACAGAGGAUGGAACUCUCAGAAUCUAUGGAAAGCCAGGAGUUGAACUAACUGCGUCUCAUCAAGAAGAAACAAGAAUACAGGAACUACACUUUCUUCCAGAACAGGGAAGAAUAAUCAGUGUGUGUGACGAUGGAGAACAAAACAGUAUUCACCUGUGGGAAGUCAACAAAAAAGAAGGAAAAUCUGUCCUUGAAGAGGUGAAGACGUGCACCCUAGAAGGAAGACUCAAGAAGAUCUCAGUAUGCUUCCUGUCUAUGAAGACAAAUCGGCUACUCCUUGGCACAGAAGGUGGAAACAUCUACUUACUUGAUAUCAACUCUUUUGAGCUCCAAGAUUAUGUCAUCUACCAAGAUGUCGUCAUGCAGAGUGUUGAAGAAGAGAAUAAAACAAAUGCUGGCUCAGUAGAGGCUAUUCAGGAACACCCUGAAGACCCCCAAAAGAUUCUUAUUGGAUACAAAAAGGGGCUGAUUGUCUUGUGGAAUCAUGAGUCAUGUAACGUACAACAUACAUUCCCCAAUUCCAUUGAUCUUGAGAGCAUAAGCUGGAACGAGACUGGAGACAAGUUCAUCAGCUCGCACGCCGACGGUAGCCAGAGCAUCUGGUCUUUUGACAAUGAAGCCAUCACAACUGAAGAAACCUCAACACCAUUUGGCCCGUUCCCCUGCAAAGCCAUUACUAAAGUAGAAUGGCAAGACAAUACCAUUUUAUUCGCUGGUGGAAUGCCGAGAGCCAGCUAUGGUGAUAAGAACGCUGUAUCCCUCAUGCAGGCUGGUUCCUCUACACAAGUUGUGUUUGACUUCUCUUCCAGAGUUGUGGAUUUCCUCGUCAUCUCAAACCCGGAUACCAACAAGCCAGCAUGUCUUGCUGUUUUGUGCGAACAAGAAUUUGUGGUCAUUGACUUGAAGACAAAAGAACAAGGGUAUCCCACAUUUCUUCAGCCAUACCUAAUCUGCCUUCACUCAUCCCCAAUCACUACCUCCUUYCAUUGUCAUGGAUGUUCCAAUGAACUAUGGGACCAGAUUACUGCCGCAGGAAAGGAACAGAUGAAAUCAGAGUACACAGAAGAGGAAUGGCCUGUGACUGGUGGCAAUCCUCUGCUUGAUAGCACUGACGAGAAGAGCAUGUUAAUCACUGGUCAUGAAGAUGGAUCAGUCCGCUUCUGGGAUGUCUCACUGGUUGAGAUGAGUUUGAUGUACACUCUAAACACCUCCAAGAUGUUCAUCAGUGAUCAUGAGGCUCACGACAAUGGAGCACAAGAGGUUGAAGAAGAAGGAUGGCCACCAUUCAAGAAGGUUGGAAAUUAUGAUCCCUACACAGAUGAUCCACGCUUUGCUGUCCAGAAGAUCCUCCUGUGUAGCGUUAGCAAGACACUUACUGUGGCUGGAAAUGGUGGCCAGGUUGUGCAGUAUGGUAUUAGUGAUGACGAGAACAACGUUGAACUCCAGGUUAUAGAAAUUGAUCUGGUUGAAGACAAAGAAAGACUCCAGUGGAAAGGACAUGGGCCACUCACCCUCAGAGAAGGACAGAUCACAGUUCCUCGUGGCUUUCAGCCAAAACAGGUCCUACAGGUUAUUCCUGCUGCACCUGUCACUGCCCUUGCACACCACUCUGCCUGGAAUGCAUUAGCUGCUGGUACCUGCCAUGGAUUUGGUCUGGUUGACAUGGAAAACAAGAAAGUGGUUACCACCAAGUGUACAGUUUCUGAAGAAGAACUUUCCAACACAGGAGAACCAAUCGCAAGGAAGAAGUCCCUAAAAAAAUCCAUCAGGGACUCAUUCAGGCGUCUCCGAAGAAGCAAGAAGAAGAAGACUGAGGAAACGCCCAAGAAGGAGGGCGAAGAGGGUGAGGCAGCAGCAUCAUCUCCUGCCGAAUCUGCUCCUCCAGUCCAACGCCUUGUGCAUGAGAACCGUGUUGAUGAGACCAUGUUGAGCAUGGUGCGCUGCAUCUACUUUGUCGACACUUUUUUGAAGGAUGGUGUCCAUCACAACCCAUCCAUGUGGGUUGGCACAAAUGCUGGCCAGAUCUUCGUCUACAAUAUCACUUUACCAGGAGAAGAAAACAAGGAAGAAGGAUUGAAAGCAGAAAUGGGAAAAGAAAUCAAACUCAGACACAAGGCUCCAGUUGUUGCCAUAUUUGUUGUUGACAAGGAAGGCUUGCCAUUACUUGGAGACUUGGCAGAUGAGGAUGAGAAAGAAGGACAAGCAAGUGGACAGCACUCUCUUGUAAUUUGCUCGGAAGAACAAUUCAAGAUCUUCAGUCUUCCUCACCUCAAAGCCCGCCAUAAGGAGAAGCUCACAGCUGUUGAUGGUUCGCGUGUUCGCAAGAUUUCCAUCAUUAACGCACACAGCAAAAGUGAUGAUUCAGGCUUGGUUUACCAUUGCCUGGCUUGUCUCAGUAACCAAGGAGACCUCUCUGUGUACUCCAUCCCUCACCUCAAACUUCAGCUCAAGGUGUCUUGUAUGAAGAAGGAAGACAAGAUUGCCAUCCAGUCGCUCAUCUUCACAUCCAGUGGACAAGGGUUCUAUCUCAGAUCUCCUUCAGAACUGCAGAGAUUCUCUCUCACUGCUAGUGACCUCCUCAAACCCGAGUGUGUCCUUGAACUUGCUGAGGGAAUGAGACCACCUGAAUCAGUUGAAAUUGAAGUUGUAGAAGGAGAGGCAGAAGGGGAGAAGAGAGAGAGAAAAGAUUCAUCUUCAUCUUCCUCUUCAUCUUCGUCGUCAUCAGAUGAUGAAAAGGACGAAGAGAAGAAAGCAAAGAAGGCCGAGAAGAAAAAGAAGAAGGCUGAGAAAAAGGCUGCUGCUGCUGCAGCCGCAACAGUCACUGCUGCCGAAGUAGCUGAAGAAGUUGAAGAGAAGAAAGAAGAUGUUGAAGAGAAGAAAGAAGAGGUUGAAGAAGAAACAAAACCAGAAGAACCAGAACCAGAAAAAACAGAUGAAAGUGAAAUGCAAGUGGUUGUCAUGCCAGAUGAAGGAGUAAGCGUAAAGACUGAACAAAAGGUAGAAUCUUCAACACACGAGACCUUUCACCAUCAGACUUCCAAUUCGGAAGUAAAAGGAAUGAAAGAAGAAAAUGCACUCCACUCAGAGGAGCAAACUGUCUCAGAAAGCGAGAAUGCUAGAUCAGUGGUCACGACAAAGCGUAUUGUUACAAGCACUCGUGUCGUCAAACAGUCAACUUCACAUCGCAUAGUCACCUCAGAAGGAGAGACUGUAGAGGCUAUUGAAGGUUUUGAGAAUCUUAAGAUUCAAAAUGGCGAUGAUAAGGUUAAUGAUGCUGAAGAAGUUGUAGAUGAGAUGGAUGRACUUGAAUGUGAGAAGAGAAGAUCCAAGGGGAAAGGGUUUACAUGUCCUGGAAAACUUAACACUAGACGUUCAGCUGAGAUGCAAGCAGCCAAAAACCUUGACGAUGCAUAAAAUAACCAUUAAUGAUAGCUGAAGAUUUCAGAUUCUACUACUUCUUUAUUCAGGGGGGGAGGGUAGGUAGAGUAUUGGUUAGCCUAGAGAAUGUUGAUGAAACUGGACUGAUGAUUACAAAUGUAGCCAACAGUCCAUUUUCUUGGACUUUUCCUCACCAACUAGGGUGGGGUAGGGGAAGCUAAUAUUCACUUACUCUCUUGACGAGGCGCCUAAGAAGCCAUAGGAACUGAAAUUAAUAUUUUGCAGGCAAUAGACAGAAUARUAUUAUCAUACUAAGAUAGCAGCAUGUUUACCUUAACUUAUAGCCAGCGUACCUUCGUGUGAGCAGACUCGUAUUUUAGCAAUGUGCAGAGUUGAAUGAGCUGAUUGCAUGAUUAUUAAUAUUAGUUUGUUAUUAGUAGUCGUUUGAUUUCCAAGGUAUUUGUUUUGCGUUUGUGCACUCAGUCCUACUUUCUGUUGUGCAAGGAGUUUUUUAAAUUACAUUUUGUGCAGCCUAUUGGCUGUAUUAGUUAUUUUUAAUCGAUUUAAUAAUGGAAUGUUGAUUUUAGCAUUAAUAGGGGGUGACGAAGGCCUAUAGGAAGCAUUUUAUAGAAAUACUUCAUGCAUCGUACAUAAGUUACAGCUCACGUUGUCAUGGCAAUCCAGAGCUUACGACUACUACCUUAACACAAACACGGCAUACUUCAACAAAAAUUAAUUCAUGUCUUCAAAUUUCCCAUAUACACUUUCUAAAAUGCCUUGUUUUGGACCAUUUUAGCAUCAACCAUAGCUAACCUUAAUUCACGAUCAUUCAUAUUGCACCUAUCAGGAACUGUCGGCCCUCUAGUAAGUUUUCCUUUUUAUCUUUGAUAGUUUAUAUUAUGCUUUUGUUUUAAAAUGUAGGGUAGUUAAUUUUCUUAAACAUCCAAGUUUAAGCCCUUUUAGAAUUCUUUUUAUGAAUGUAUGUAAGAAUAAAAGUCUCAUUACUAGUUUA